CACUAGCUAUAAUUAGUUGAAACAUUGAAUUGAAUAUAAAACAUAAACAUGAGAUAUGUAAAAAUGUAAGAAUCCUCAGGCAAUCAGUAGAACACAGGCAAACAGAUAUGGAUAUAGCCAGCAUUGAGCUUAGCGUGGAAGCGCUCAUUGGCUCGCUUGUGGCCCUGAGCAUGCUUUUCAUCUUCUGUCGCAGCAUUUUAACGGAAGAUGUUGUCAUUUGCAUAUCGGGCAAAACACGUCAUAGUUGGAAAUCAAUAAAAAUCGUUGAACAGGCCUGCUUUUGUAAUGUGUGUGAGAUUCUGUUGACACCAUCUGCUGGUCUCUUCUGCGACUGUUGUGGCCUCUGCACGCAUUCGGAGCCAACAUGUCAAAGGCAAGCAGACACUCGCUAUCGCUGCAAGGACAAAUGGCUACGAAAUACGAAUGCAGUGCGUCAUUUAUGGGUACGCGGCAAUUUGCCAAUGAAUUACAGCUGUUCAGGGUGCGGACAAGAAGCUGAACAGGAUCAUAGUAGCAGCUCGGGACCAGGUCUGUUUGGCUGGCGGUGUGCCUGGUGUCAACGUUGUUACCACGACACAUGCUACAAGAAAGUGGAUAUCAAAGGUGAAUGUGACUUUGGCGAGUUUCGGGACAUGAUAUAUCCGCCCUACAGCAUUGUCGCAGCCAGGACACGUGAAUCUGUGCGUUUGCAUCUCGCAGGCAUAAAGCCACCUGACAUUGAAAACUGGGAACCACUAAUUGUUAUAGCCAAUACCAAAUCGGGUAGCAGCACGGCCGCAAAUGUUUUAUCGCUAUUGCGUGGAUAUCUGCAUCCAAUGCAGGUGAUGGAGCUGGGCACACGCGGACCGCAUGAUGCACUCCAGUGGGCAGCUAAAACAAGUCCACGCCCUUGUCGCAUUUUAGUUGCUGGUGGCGAUGGAACAAUUGGCUGGGUGCUUAACACCAUUUACACCCUAAACAUAAAACCUCAACCAUCUGUGGCUAUCAUGCCACUGGGCACUGGAAACGAUUUAUCCCGCGUCCUGGGCUGGGGCGCUGAGCCGCCUUCAGUGCUCGAUCCCCUGCAGAUACUGCGAAGCAUAAGACGUGCCAAAUCCGUAAAUCUUGAUAGGUAUGAUCUUCAAAUUGAGAAGCUGCACUAUCGUCUUCCCAUCCAAAUGCAGCCCUUGAAGACCAUACACGUUUACAACUAUUUCAGCGUGGGAGUCGACGCAUACAUCACCUACAAUUUUCAUAAGACACGCGAAUCUCGAUUUUAUCUGCUCAGCAGCCGCAUUUUUAACAAGCUGCUCUACUUCACCUUUGGUACACAUCAGGUCAUGCAGCCGGACUGCGAACGCAUUGAUAAGAAACUAGAACUUCAUCUAGAUAACAAGCUAGUCGAACUGCCGGAGUUGCAAUCGUUGGUGUUCCUAAAUAUUGAUUCCUGGGGAGCCGGUUGCAAACUAUGCGAGCUGAGCAACUCGAAUGACGAACCUCGCAUCGUGAACUCCAUUUCUGAUGGUAUGAUGGAAGUAUUUGGCAUAGUCUCAUCCUUCCACAUUGCUCAGCUGCAGUGCAACAUAAGCAAACCCGUGCGCAUUGGCCAAGCCAAGCAGAUAAGGCUACGGGUGAAUGGGACGGUACCUAUGCAGGCCGAUGGCGAGCCCUGGAUGCAGGCACCGGCAGAAAUACGCCUGCAGUCACGCAGCCAAGCUCGUGUAUUAAGAGCGCAGCCCGAAGCCCACCAAGUGCAGUAAUCU